GGGGGAAUAAUAAGUAGAAUUGUUCAAAGUGGUGAGGGGGGAUGGCCACAGCGGCUUCCAAUCCUUACCUGGCCAGCAAUAGCAUUCUCUCAUCAGCCUCGAUCGUGCACUCGGAGUCCGGAGGUGGUGGCAUGCAGCCGGGAAACGGUGCCGUAACAUCGGUGUCGGGAGGUUACAGAGGAGACCCCGCGGUCAAGAUGGUGCAGAGCGACUUCAUGCAAGGAGCCAUGACGGCCAGUAACGGGGGGCACAUGCUGAGCCAUGCCCAUCAAUGGGUUACCUCACUGCCACAUGCGGCUGCCGCGGCCGCCGCCGCCGCAGCCGCUGCAGCGGCAGAAGCCGGCUCCCCUUGGUCCUCCAGCCCAGUUGGCAUGGCCGGUAGCCCACAGCAACAAGACGUGAAGAACAGUUCAAACAGAGAAGAUUUACACUCGAGCACCGCGUUGCACCACAGACCCUCGCAUUUAGGGGCUCACCAGUCGCACCAAAGCGCAUGGGGUGGCACCACAGCCUCCCACAUCCCGACCAUCACCGGAGGACAGCAGCAGUCCCAGCAGGCUCUCAUUUAUUCCCAACCGGGUGGUUUCACAGUCAACGGGAUGUUGAACCCUCCCGGGAGUUUAGUCCACCCGGGGCUGAUGCGAAGAGACUCUCCAGAAAUGGAUCACCAUCAUCACCACCACCAUCAUCAGCAGCAGCAGCACACUCACCACCACCACCACCACCAGCACCACGCGGGAGUGAACAGCCACGACUCGCACUCAGACGAGGACACGCCGACCUCCGACGACCUGGAACAGUUUGCCAAACAGUUUAACGUUUUCUCGCAGACCACCAUUUGCAGGUUCGAGGCUCUCCAGCUGAGCUUUAAAAACAUGUGCAAACUCAAGCCGCUGCUGAACAAGUGGCUAGAGGAGGCCGACUCGACCACGGGCAGUCCCACCAGCAUCGACAAAAUAGCAGCUCAAGGCAGGAAACGAAAGAAGCGCACCUCCAUCGAGGUGAGCGUGAAGGGAGCCUUGGAGAGCCAUUUUUUGAAAUGCCCCAAACCGGCAGCGCAGGAGAUAUCCUCUCUAGCGGGCAACCUCCAGUUGGAAAAGGAGGUGGUUCGGGUCUGGUUCUGCAACCGAAGGCAGAAGGAGAAGAGGAUGACGCCGCCCGGGGUCCCUCAGACGCCCGAGGACGUGUACACCCAUGCCGGCAACGGGAGUUUUGUGAUAGAUUACUUAAAAGGUGCAAGUUUGAAAGAUGAACCGGACAGCAACUACAACGUGACAUCUGCGAGCUCCUAUGGCCAGGAGAUUCUGGUGCACUGACACCGAAAUCCCGAAAUCAUAACCAGCCCAAAACCAACAUAGACUUUAUGGAUUGAAAUGACAAAAGAACUCCCAAGGACAUGGAUCAAUGCAGACAAACAUUAAAUAUUAAACAGCGGAAGAAUUUACCCCAGGACACGUAUCAAUUGUACGCACAGGAAUUAUAUUACUAAUUUUAACAAAACGGAAUUGUCUUGUCUACUAUUGGAGCAUUAUGUGCAACAAACUACACCUUUUCUAUUUCAUAGUAUUUUUG